AUGCAGCGAUUCAGGGAAGGAGUUCACAUCCGCACCAUGAAGGCCAAGAGGAAAGUGGAGGAGGUCUCCAAAGAGGACGUCCAGGCUUUCCUGAAGAAGAACGCCUUCGUGCUCUUCACCGUGGGAGCCGUGGUUGUGGGAGUCGCUCUGGGUUUCGCGCUGCGUCCGUACAAGAUGACCUAUCGAGAGGUGAAGUACUUCUCCUUCCCUGGAGAGCUGCUGAUGAGGAUGCUUCAGAUGCUGGUUCUGCCCUUACUGGUUUCCAGUCUCAUCACAGGAAUGGCAGCUUUAGACAGCAAAGCCUCAGGGAAGAUGGGCAUGAGAGCCGUGAUCUACUACAUGUCCACGACCUUCAUCGCAGUCUUCGUCGGCAUCAUCAUCGUCCUCAUCAUCCAUCCGGGAAAAGGAUCCAAAGAAGAGUUUGGAAAGCAGCAGAAGAUCGAGCAAGUCAGUCCAGCGGAUGCCUUCUUGGAUCUGAUCAGGAACAUGUUUCCACCGAACCUGGUCCAAGCCUGCACUCAGCAGUUCAAAACCAAGUACGGGAAGCGAGUCGUCCACGUGACGCUGACGGUGAACGAAACGCUCUUCAACUCCACCAACGGCACGCAGGAGGUCAUGGAGUCGACCCGGGAGGAGGUGAUCCCGGUGCCGGGUCAGGUGAACGGGGUCAACGCCCUCGGGCUGGUGGUCUUCUCCAUGUGCUUCGGGCUGAUAAUUGGGAACAUGAAGGAGCAGGGCCAGGUCCUCAGGGAUUUCUUCGACAGCCUCAACGAAGCGAUCAUGCGCCUGGUGGCCAUCAUCAUGUGGUACUGCCCGAUCGGGAUCCUGUUCCUCAUCGCAGGAAAGAUCGUGGAGAUGGACGACCUGACCCAGAUGGGAGGCCAGCUGGGCAUGUACACCAUCACGGUCAUCAUCGGCCUGCUGAUCCACGGCGUGCUGAUCCUUCCCACGCUUUACUUUGUCAUCACUCGGCAGAACCCUUUCAUCUUCAUCGCUGGGCUGCUGCAGGCGCUGGUCACGGCCCUGGGGACGUCCUCCAGCUCGGCCACGCUACCCGUCACCUUCAAGUGUCUGGAGGAGAACAAUAAGAUCGACAAGCGGAUCACGCGCUUCGUGCUGCCCGUGGGCGCCACCAUCAACAUGGACGGCACCGCCCUGUACGAAGCCCUGGCGGCCAUCUUUAUUGCUCAGGUUAACAACAUGGAGAUGAACUUUGGUCAGAUCCUCACAAUAAGUAUCACAGCGACAGCCGCGAGCAUCGGAGCGGCCGGGAUCCCUCAGGCCGGCCUGGUUACCAUGGUGAUCGUACUGACCUCUGUCGGACUGCCCACCGAUGACAUCACUCUCAUCAUUGCAGUCGAUUGGUUUCUGGAUCGUCUGCGCACGACCACCAACGUCCUCGGGGACUCGAUCGGCGCCGGCAUCGUGGAGUUCCUGUCCCGGCAAGAGCUCCGCAGCAAGGACGUGGAGAUGGGCAACUCGGUGCUGGAGGAGAAGGAGAGGAAGAAACCGUACAAGCUCAUCUCCCAGGACAGUGAUCUGGAAAACGAUAAACGUGCUCACAGCGAGUCCCACAUGUAGUCCACAUCUGUCCACAU